CCGGAGGAGAGUCUGGAGAGAUCACCGUGCAUUUCAAAAUUUGAAGUCCAAGCAGUCAAAGCACCCAUCCCCCCUCACUAAAGUCUCGCUGCUGCCGCCGGAGCCGCGUUCUUCUCUCUCACCACACCAUAUAGGCGCACCCAACUCACUGCACACACCUCGCUCGCCGUCUCCGGGAGAAGCGAAUCGUCGAGACUGAGAGGAGGAAGCCGACCAUGCCGCUACCGCUGGUCAAGGCCAGGAAGGGGCUCUCCCCGCAGCCGCAGCCGGCCCGCACCUCCUCCUCCUCCUCCUGCAGGUCGCAGCUCGAGCAGGACGUGAAGGUGCUGCAGAAGGUGCUGCAGGAGGAGACAGCGCUGCACUCCGUCCUCGAGGGCGCCCUCGAGCGCGCCGCCGUCACCCUCGCCGACAUGGCCUACCUUCCCUCCAAUGCUCAGGAGCUUGUCUCUAACAUCUGCAUACUGGAGACCGCCAUCUCGAAGCUGGAGGAGGAGAUGGUCUCCCUGCAUUUCCAGCUUAUUCAGGAGAGGAACGAGAGGAGGCUCGUGGAGUACAGGCUCAAGCAGUUGCCGCCGUCUGCUUGCUCCUGCCACUCUGGGACAUCCGAAACAGAUGACACCACAAGCAAAAAGUGCAGUCGAGGGGACAAGGUUUAUCCCCAUGCUGCCCUGCAUGAACAAGCAAUGAAAUUACAAAGACAGAUUUCUGUUAAAAGCCUUGCCAAUCCUAAUCAGCUUUCAGAGGACAUAGUCCGCUGCAUGAGGAACAUUUUCAUUUCCUUAUCAGAUUCCUGCCGGGAGGCCUCGAGGAAUUCCUCCAUGGAGAAUCAACAAUCUAUUCCAUCUCCUAGCGGAAAUUAUUCAAUUUCUGCAUUCUGGUCUCUAUCCGAACCGUCUUCCAUAUCUUCUUGGGUACAGAGCCCUCAAGUUGAUUUGAAUUGCAACAACAAUUUAUUAGCUUCAGAGACUGUGUUUGAUCCUUACAAAGCUCGUGAGAAACUUAGCUGGGCUGACAUUGGAAGCUACAGUGCAGCGGUUGAAAUUUCAUGGAUGUCAGUUGGGAAAAAACAACUUGAAUAUGCUGCGGAGUCACUUCGCAAAUUCAGGUUGUUCAUUGAGCAGUUGGCAGAAAUAAACCCUAUUCACCUCGAUGAUGAUGCAAGAUUGGCAUUUUGGAUCAAUCUAUACAAUGCGUUGAUGAUGCAUGCUUAUCUUGCUUAUGGUGUUCCACGAAGUGACAUGAAAUUGUUUUCACUGAUGCAAAAGGCUGCAUAUACAAUUGGGGGGCACUCGUUCAGUGCUGCAUUUAUUGAAUAUGCUAUUUUGAAGAUGAAACCACCAAGUCAUAGGCCACAGAUGGCUCUGCUUCUUGCCCUUCAGAAGAUGAAGGUACCUGAGGAGCAGAAAAAGUUCUGCAUUGGGGCCCAUGAACCACUUUUGACGUUUGCUCUCAGCUGUGGAAUGUAUUCUUCUCCUGCGGUGAAGAUAUACACAGCAAACAAUGUGAGGGAAGAACUUCAAGAUGCACAGCGUGAUUUCAUUAGAGCAUCAGUAGGAGUGAGUCGAAAAGGGAAGCUUCUGGUUCCUAAAAUGUUGCACUGUUUUGCCCGUGGUUUUGUUGAUGACAACAGCUUUCCUAUUUGGAUAUCGCAUUUUCUACCUCAGCAGCAAGCUACUUUUGUUGAUCACUGUGUGUCUCAAAGGCGGCAAAGUCUCCUGGGCACCCGUACUUUUGGCAUCAUUCCAUUUGAUUCUCGGUUUCGCUACCUCUUCCUGCCAGAUAUGGGAUCAUUAAAUUAACUGCCAUCAGAUGCUUCCUCGUUCAGAUAACCUAAAUGGCUAACAGCCAACAGGAGCAAAAAGCAACCCACAUCUCUUGUCCAAGCCCAUUGUUGACAGUUGACUCAAGAGAAUAGCUGUUUCAGGAAGCGCACACUGUCUUUCGAAUUACAGGAUAUCUUGAAAAGCAAG